AUGCAGCCAGUACAAGUCAGACUCACUCCACACAGAGAUCUACAUCACAGACAUACAAGCAUGGCACCAGCAAUCACAACAAGGAUGACCAACCCAAAUGAACACAAGAGUCCAACAAACAAGCUGAGAAAGCCAAUAAUUGAAAAGAUGCGCAGAGACCGCAUCAACACCAGCAUUGAACAACUCAAGUCCCUCCUCAGUGCAGAGUUCCUCAACCAGCAACCUGACUCCAAGUUGGAGAAGGCCGACAUUCUGGAGAUAACAGUUUGUUUCCUGAGACAAAAGCAGCAGCAACAGCAGAAAAUGCAGCAGAUGUCAGCAAACAUCUCAUCAACUGCUGUUCAUCAAGGCUUCUCCAGAUGUGUCCAAGAGAUCGUACACUUCCUGUCCAAGAAUGAGAUGAAGACACAGUCUCAGAGAAGACUUCUGAACCACUUCCAGAACUUCCAGCCAUCAUCUGACAGCUAUAAGAGGGAGAAUGUUUUUUCCCAGCCGAACUCUCCAGACAACCACACCAUCAACAAAGAGAAGAGUUUAGCAAAGAGGGUCCUCUGGAGGCCCUGGUAG